CUCGUCCACGCACGGAGGUUUUGAGCAGCGCUUGUUUUGCUGCCUGAGGUAAACUUUGGGCAAAGAAAAGAGCAGUUUGUGUUAAAGGAAAUAAAUAAACUGCACAUAUGUUAAACCAGUGUUACACUGUGAGUUUUUUGCAAAGAUAAUUCCAACGUGAAUGCGCGUUAACUUGGCGGAAUAGCGUUUGUUUUGCUGGGUGGCUAAAAACGACACCGAGCAACGUUGUUAUUGAACUUCCACUGUCUCUCUCAGCUCGUUCCCUGCAAUGUGACUGCAGUCCUGUGAAAAACAGCAUGGACAGAGAGUUGUUGAGGCAUUGUCUGGCGUAUCACGGAGAGUCACUGUUCAACAAGCUGAAAUGUGAACAGACAGAAAACCCCGACUUCCAGGCGGUGGUGUCCGACCUGUGCAAGGCCACGUAUGAAAGCGGAGGUGAAGGACAGGACAGUCCUCUUGUGGAGCAGUUCAUUGCCAGGAAGGCUGACAUCCUGUUCUGUCCAACAUGGAAGACUGCCACUCAUCAAGAAGAAGAGCACGAGGAGGAGGAGGAUGCUGCAGAGCCCUAUGCCAUCAUGCCACCACUGGAGCUGUUCAUGGAGGUGUCUUACGACGAAAGAAGAGCCAUGCUCUACAGAGACUUGGAAAGAGGAGACAUCGUGGUGGGGAGGAUCAACAACAUCAGAGAAUACGGCUUCUUUCUCACUCUGCUGUGCACGGCAGGAGGACUGAAGAGAGACAUAGAAGACCUAGAGUUGUCGGCUUUAUGUCACAUCAGAGAAAUUCCCUCCACUGGCAGCCAUGAUGAUCCUCUGUCCUACUACCAGAUUGGGGACUUCAUCAGAGCUUCAGUGAAAGAUAUCGACCGCUACCAGGAGAAAAUCACAAUUUCCCUCCAGCAGGCUUCUCUCUGUCCCAGCCUGGAGCACAUCAAACUGGGUGUCCUUCCCCGGGAGGAGCUGCCCAUACACUACGGUCGCAGCGUUCGUGCAGCCGCGGACUCCAGUGAGACAUACGAGUGUAUACUGAAGAGUUGCCAUGGUUACCACAACCCCUCUGUAGUGGAAUACCUGCUGGAGAAGGUGGGAGUUAGUGACACCCACCCACCAUCAAUGAUGAGAGGACUACAAAGCAAACUUUUCCAAGCGGAGGAUUUUGCCUCUGCAAUCAGGAAGAAACAGUCGUCCUCAUGGGCCUUGAAGUGUGUCCGUGCAGGUGUAGACCACUUCAAACAUGGUCGUUAUGUGGAAGCCAUGAAUGAAUACAACAAAGCCUUGGAUAUCGACACUAAUAAUGUUGAAGCACUGGUGGCACGAGGAGCUCUGUAUGCUAACAAAGGCAGCAUCGUGAAGGCUAUAACAGACUUUGAAUUGGCCCUGGAAAGCUGUCCAGAUCACCGCAACGCCAAGAAGUACCUCUGCCAGACACUGGUGGAGAGAGGAAAACAGCUUGAAGAACAGGAGAAACUAGUAACAGCGGAGGGAUUGUACAGGAGAGCUCUGUCUCUCGAUGAUUUAAACCCUGAAGCGCAGGAGGCCCUGCACAAGAUCACAGACACUAUACAGAAAUCGAUUCGCCUGCGUGAAGAAGCGCUGGCUAAGGAGCAGGUGAAAGCUACGAGCAGCCAGACCAGUGCUGAGAAAUUGCGUAAGAUCUUAAAAGAGGAGAAGAGGAUGAAAAAAAAACGGAAGAGGUCAGCCUCUUCCUCGCCGUCAUCCUCCACUCCCUCCAGGAGGAACUCCUCUUCUCCUUCAUCAUCAUCCUCCUCCUCCUCUCGCAGGAGGUCCAAAAAGAAAAAAAAGAAGAGGAGGAGGUCUGAGCGGGGAAGUAAGCGCCAUCGCAGGAUCUCCUCAAGGGACAGCAGGAGGAGUGAGGGUAAGAGCGAGAAAGACAGGAAGGAGGAAGAAGAGGAGGAGGAGGUGGAGUGGUAUCCCGCUCCUCCCAACACCUCCGGCACCUUUCUCAACCAGAAAGGAGGCCCCGGGUUUGGAGAGAGGGAUGAGGAGGUGGUGGAGGAGAAGAAUCCUGAAGAGAAACGGAUCACUCAACUGUAUUCUUUGUCGGCAGCUUCAGACGACGAAGAAUCUGACUCCUCACGCAGAGAAAGGAAGAGAAGGGACAGAGAGGAGGGUGCGACAAAGAGAAAGAAAGGCAGUCUGAGUAGAAGCCCAGAGAGGAGGAGCAAGAGUAGAGAAAGGAAGGAUAAGAGCAGGGAGCGAGGGAAGGGGGAUAACAGGAAAGACAGGAGAGACAGUGACUCCAAGAGGAGAAGCAGCUUAGAGGAGAUCAGUAAGCGGAGAGUGUCCUGCUCGUCGGCUGAGUCCGAGUAUUCACGGAAAUCCAAUUUCAAAUCUGAAUAUUUAGGGAACUCCGGUUCUGCGCCCAAACACGUGGAGAGUAGGAUGAGACACGACUCUUCCAAGAGGAACUCCUUCGAUGGUGGUAGGUAUGAGAACAUAGAGGAGGCAAGGAGAGAGAAGGACAGAAAGGGGAAAGUAGAGGAAGAGAGGAGAAGGUCAGAUGGAGGAAACAGUAAAAGAUUAGAAGGUGUUGGAAAUCAUAAACAGAGUGGUUUGACCUCGGUGGCAGGAGAAAGGGCUAAAAAAGACCUCCCAACUAACCUGUUGGAUAUUUUCAAUCAGAUUGCCCAGUUUGAGAAGGAGAAAGGAGUCAGGCCAAAAUAAUAACUCGAAAACCAAAAGUCAAGAAUGUGCCCAAAACUAGUGAAACCAGACUUUGAAAUGGAUGUUUAUUCUGGACUGUACAUCAAGAUGACGCUGCUGAAUGGCCAAAUGUGUUGUCGACCGAAUGUCCCCAGUUGUUGUAAGUUGCCUUCAGUGUUAGAGAAAAUGCUUGAGUCCUUUUACUUUUAAAUGUCUUAUUCUAGCCUGUGAGCAACUGUAGUAAUUGUUGGCUAAUAGCUGGUCGAAAUGUAUUAAUAUGUUCCAUCUGAAUGGGUUGAAACUAAAUCAAUACUUUCCCAAAUAAUGUGAAAUAACAUGUUAUUAUUGUAACUGGUGAUUAUUUGUGUAUUUGAAGAGAACCUUAUGUCAGUAUGUGUGUGUAUAUGUGACAGUAUCAGUGACUACAGAUGUUAGAUCUUAUCGUCAUCUGUGGGGAUUCACCCAUUUAGAGUUCAUUGUGUACAUUUGGACAAGCUAUUACAUUAAUCAGCACAUCUUACGUCACAUCACUUGCUACAGGUUUUAAUAACUCUUGUGUUAAUCUUACGUUGAGACUGUUUUAUGUUAAAGAAGAUACUGCCUUAUGUUUACUGCCUUGUGCCAUUUUGUGCAUUCUUUCUGUGGCUUGUUAAAUCUUUUCCUCAGCAACCUGACUGUUAGUACUACGGUACUUUUUCAAGCUUUACACAGUACAGAUGUUGUAUUUCGACACAUUUUCCCGACCUAAAACAAACUCUGUUGAAUCAAUAAAACAUUUAAAAUGUCCAAACUA